AUGCAAGAUGCGAACGAAAUGAGCAAACGCGUGGAAGACAAAAAAUGGUUGGAUUGGGAAAAAAAGGAAAAACUGGACUGCCAUGAGAAGUGUAGACUUUCAUACUUGGUCAGUGGAACGUAUACUCAGCAUUUUGCGUUGAAUGCACCAAAUAACAAUGUCGUAGCUGCAAGGGAUGAGGUUCCUGAUUUCUAUUACGCGGAUAAUUGCUUCAUUUGUGGUUUGAGUAUAAUAAAAGAUGCGAAAACAAAAAUCUGUACAGUCACACAAAAAGAGACGCGUGAUAACUUGAUUGCAAUGGGUAAGGAAAGAAAUGACUCUUUGGGAAUUAGCGCUGUUGAAAGAUUAGAGAACAUUUCUUGCUUAAUUCGCGUACAAGGCAGAUACCACCGGACAUGCAUGUCUCAUUUCAAUGCGUAUGGUUUAAAAAAAAAUAUCGAUGAUCUAAACUGGUCUAGAAUCGAUUCAUUGUUAGAACCUGUGUGGCAAGUUCUUGAAGAAGACAAAAAUGUUAUUCAUUAUUUGUCGAAGUUAGUAGAACUUGUGGAUGAUGACUCUAUAGAUAGAAGGACUGUAGCAGAUCACAUUAAAAAACGUUACGGUGGGGAAGCUUCAAAUAUAAUGCACAGAGAGAUUCGUAGCAAGCAAUUUGUAAGCGAUCUUUCCUCCGAUUAUCCACCCCACUUUUCGUUCUUUAUUGAGCACUUUCUCCUUAUCGCUGACGAAGAGGAAGAUAAAAAAGCAAAGUCUGUGAAGCGAGACAUGAUAUCUCAAUGCAUACUUUCAUUCAUUCAGCCACGCACGUUUUUGUCCACCCUCCACUUGUCGAUUGGGACAUUGAUUCUGAGAAAAACAGGUUCCAAGUACAUCAUAAAUCUUCUGCAUGCAUUAGGCGUUUGCACUUCUUACUACAAUAUUGAAUUGUAUGAGGCUUCCACAAUAGUGAAUCCACCCAGAUUGAUCAUCGAAAAACCUUUCGUACAAUUUGUAUUUGAUAAUACUGACCACAACGUCAGGACCCUGGACGGACGGGAGACCAUUGUUUAG